CUGAGCCGGAAGUGGGGUCCCGGGGAGACAGGAGCCUAGGGAAGCGAGAUGGAAGUGAAAAGGCUCAGCGUCUCCCUGGUUGUGGUUCUCUUCCUCGUCCUGGUCUUGCAAAUCUUGUCUGCCAUCGAUUUUGACCCUUAUCGAAUCCUUGGAGUCAGCAGGACAGCGAGUCAGGCAGACAUCAAAAAGGCGUAUAAGAAGCUUGCCCGAGAAUGGCAUCCUGACAAAAACAAGGACCCCGGAGCAGAAGAUAAAUUCAUACAAAUUAGCAAGGCUUAUGAGAUCCUGUCCAACGAGGAGAAGAGGUUGAACUUUGAUCGCUACGGAGAUGUGGGCGAGAACCAGGGCUUCCCGCAGCAGCAGCAGCAGCCGCACCGUCAGUUCCACCACUUCCACGAAAGCUUUUAUUUCGACGAGUCCUUCUUCCACUUCCCCUUCAACUCGGACCGCCGCGACUCCUCCGACGAGAAGCACUUGCUGCACUUCACGCACUACGUCAACGAGGUGGUGCCCGACAGCUUCAAGAAGCCCUACCUCAUUAAGAUCACCUCGGACUGGUGCUUUAGCUGCAUCCACAUCGAGCCUGUGUGGAAGGAGGUGGUUCAGGAGCUCGAAGCGCUGGGAGUGGGAAUCGGCGUGGUUCAUGCCGGUUAUGAGAGGCGCCUGGCUCAUCACCUCGGAGCGCACAGCACGCCGUCGAUCCUGGGUCUCAUCAAUGGGAAAAUAACCUUUUUCCACAAUGCCGUUGUUCGGGAGAACCUGCGGCAAUUUGUAGAGAGCCUUCUUCCGGGGAACCUUGUUGAGAAGAUUACAGAUAAAAACUACGUCGGAUUCCUGUCGAACUGGAAGAAAGAGAACAAGCCCCACGUCCUUCUCUUUGACCACCUGCCCCUCAUCCCGCUCUUAUACAAGCUCACUGCGUUUGCGUACAGAGAUUACUUGUCCUUCGGAUACGUGUACGUCGGCCUCCGCGGGACUGAAGAGCUGUCCAGCCAGUACAACAUCAACGUCUACACGCCCACCAUGAUGGUGUUCAAAGAGCACAUUGACAAGCCCGCUGACGUCAUUCAGGCCCGAGGCAUGAAAAAGCAGCUUAUUGAUGACUUCCUCUCCCAGAACAAGUUCCUCAUGGCGUCCCGGCUCACCAGCCAGAAGCUUUUCCAGGAGCUGUGUCCCACGAAGAAGUCUCACAGGCAACGCAAAUACUGUGUGGUCUUGAUUACCGGCGAGGGAGAGAAGUACGCUGUGAGCUAUGAAGCCUUCCUUGCCUUUGCCCUGGCCAAUACGAAAGACACCCUGAGGUUUGUGCACAUCUACGGCAGCUAUCAGAGGGAGUUUGGCCACACUUUGCUGACGGACGACGAAAAGUUCCAGGGGAACUCAGCCGUGGUCAUCUUGGAGAGGCGCAACAAUGCUGGCCGAGUGGUCUACAAAGCCCUGGAAGAUCCCUGGACUGGCAGCAAAGAGGACAACUUCAUCCUUCUGGAUCUUUUGGAUCAGCUGAGGACAAACCCGGGCUUUCUCUCUUCAGAUACUGUCCUGCCAGACUUGAACGAUGAACUCGCUCCUGUUUUCUUCCUUCGAUGGAUCUAUUCUGCCACGGACUACAUCUCAGACUGUUGGGACAGCCUAUUUCAUAGCAAUUGGCGAGAAAUGAUGCCCCUCCUGUCACUGAUCUUCUCAGCUCUGUUCAUCCUCUUCGGGACAGUUAUUGUUCAGGCUUUCAGCGACUCAAGCGACGAGAGGGAUUCGCCUCCCCCCAAGAAAGACGAAGGGCCUGCCAAGGGCGAGAAGAAUGACACGGGCUUCGCCAAAGACAACAGGAUUCCCAAGAAGGGCUUCGUAGAAGUGACGGAGCUUACAGAUAUCACCUACACGAGCAACCUGGUGCGCCUGAGACCCGGGCACAUGAAUGUGGUGCUGAUCCUUUCCAAUCCCACCAAAACACCUCUACUGCAGAAGUUCGCCCUGGAGGUCUACACUUUCACUGGGAGCAAUUGCCUCCACUUCUCCUUCCUAAACCUGGACAAGCACCGGGAAUGGCUGGAGUACGUCUUGGAAUUUGCGCAGGACGUGGCCCCCAUCCCAAACCAAUACGACAAGCACUUCCUGGAGCGCGACUACACGGGCUACGUCUUGGCCCUGAACGGCCACAAGAAAUACUUCUGCCUGUUCAAGCCUCGCAAAUCGGAAGACGGCGGCGGCGGCGACGUCCCCGGGGGGCCCUGCGAGGAUUCCGACCCGGGGGAGAUCCGAGGGAAGCCGGCCUCUUGCAGCCCGCGGGUGAGGUCUGUGAAAAACAAACUCGAGAAGUUAUCCUUGUGGAUGGAACGGCUCUUGGAAGGGUCCUUAAAAAGGUUUUAUAUCCCCUCGUGGCCGGCGCUAGACUGAAAAAAAUAAAGGUUUUAAAAAACGGGGUUCGAAGGAGAAUCUUAUCGCUGCAGACUUUGAAAGAGGACAACCGUCAGCAUCUCUCCUUUGGGAAUUUUACAUUGUGUCGGAUAGACGGUUAGCUUUUUAGAUGAAUUCUCCUAGGCCCAGUGCAUUAGAAGCUACCUUCUUUCCCGUGUCUUUGACCUGGGGAGCAAUGGGAAUAAACGGACGGACAUCCACUCUGGUACCAAAUGGUUCUAAACGUCAGGGGAGGGGUACACUCGAAGACAAGACCGUAGCUGGUGUCUCCUUUCCUCGCCUGUUUUCCCAGCCUGCUCUGGUUCUGCCUCUGGGUUUUUCUCCGACGUCGAUGGAGGCCUUGCUGCUGUGGGAACUCUCUUUUUUUUUGUGUAUGGAUUUGUUUUUGUUUCAAAUAACGGUUUGGGUCUACUGCGCGCCUUCUGGGUGCGGCUGGGGUCCGCUACGCCCUCCUCUUCUCACGCAUGUUGCCGGGCCCCAUUCCUCAUCCUUGUAUUGUCUGGAGUCCUCGUCUGUUGGUUUCUUCCCCUGCGGUGAGCAAUUCAGGGUGUGUUUGGGGGUAUCUCCCUUUUGUACCAAAAUAGCUGACAGGACAGGAAAGGGAGGGGCAUGGGAGGGGGGCCAGCCACCCACCCACCUGCAUGCCCACCAGCUAAGCCUUCAGCCGGGCUGGAAGUGGCCGAACAAACCGUAAAUAUUGUACGACAUGAUGAACCUUUUAAAAUGUAUGUUCCUCCCAAUGCCUUCCUGCUUGCAUUGUCUAGUUUUUUUUCCUUUUAAAGCCUUGUAUUUUAGAGCCAUAACCCCAAACCGUGUCCAUAGAUUGUAGAUGCAAUCUGCCAUGAGCCAAGAACUCUGUGAAAAGACAAGUUUUCAAAUGCUGCCUCUGAGUCAGUCUUGGGACAUCUACUUUCCCCCCAUAACGGCAACGGUUCAUCUCUAGGGCAGUAAUUUAACGGGGUUUCUUUGUAUCAAGGAACUUAAAUUGUCUCUUUAAUGAUUGUACCGCCCAGGAUAGGUUACGGUCGAAUUGCCUUCAAAACUACGGAUUUGCCCUCGUGCAAACUUGGAUUUCUCAUAGGCAAAGCUUCCCUCUCUCCAACCGUUGUCGUUUCAGCCUCUCUGAAAGCGAGCCCAAGGUGACUGUUUGUUUACCACGUUGCAAAGCUGCCUCUCGGAUGUCCCUUCGCCCUUCCGCCCCCUCUCGGAAUCCACCGUUCAGUAUCUCUCUCUCUCGUUGGCUUCAUUCUGAGAGCCAGCCUGUUAACGCAGGCUGAGGUUGCAGAAUUGGGAGAUUGGAACACCUCAGGCCACAGGGCCUGUGUAAAACACAAGCAAACCUUCCCCUGUGUUGCAACCCGGCACAUCAUAUCGAAGGAGGCCAAGUUUUC